AUGCGUGUGGAGGAUAAUGAGCCCAUCAACUGGCCGGCUAGUGGAAAGGGCAAAGGGAAGGGCAAAGCCGCAGCGCAUGACGAGCCGUACGACCUCGAGAACCUACCAUGGGUGGAGAAGUACCGGCCGGUGACAUUGGACGACGUCGUGUCCCACCACGAUAUCACGAGCACGAUCGAGAAGUUCAUUGAGAAGAACAGGUUACCGCACCUGCUGUUCUAUGGUCCGCCUGGCACAGGAAAGACAUCGACCAUCCUCGCCGUCGCGCGGCGAAUAUACGGCACCGAGUACCGGAAGCAGAUCCUCGAGCUAAACGCGUCCGACGACCGUGGCAUCGAAGUCGUCCGCGAGCAAAUCAAGAACUUCGCUGAGACGCGCACGCUCUUCUCCAAAGGCUACAAGCUCAUCAUCCUCGAUGAGGCCGACAUGAUGACCACCGCCGCGCAGUCCGCGCUACGGCGCGUGAUCGAGCAGUACACGAAGAACGUCCGGUUCUGUAUCAUCUGCAACUACGUAAACAAGAUCAUCCCCGCCAUCCAGAGCCGUUGUACGCGGUUCAGGUUCUCCCCGCUUCCGAUACCAGAGGUCGAGAAGAGAGUGAAUAAUGUGAUCGACGCUGAAGGGGUGAAGAUCACGGCGGAGGGAAAGCAGGCCUUGCUCAAGCUCUCGAAGGGCGACAUGCGUCGCGCGCUGAACGUCCUUCAAGCGUGUCACGCUGCGUACGAGCUCACAGGAGAGGCCGAGAUAUAUAACUGCACCGGCAACCCUCAGCCCGCAGACAUCGAGACGAUCGUCAAUUCAAUGCUUCAAGACGACUUCACGACGUCUUACAAUUUGAUCUCUGCUUUGAAAAUUGAUCGCGGGCUGGCGCUGCCAGACCUGAUUAACGGCGCGUACGAGUACAUCGAGACGAUCAACUUCAAGCCCCAUGCGCGCAUAUACCUGCUGGAUUUCCUCGCUACGACGGAGCACCGACUGUCGACGGGCGGGAGCGAGAAGCUCCAAUUCACGGCCCUCCUAGGUGCGUUCAAGCAUGCCGUCGAGCUGUCUGCGAAGGAUCCGUGA